AUGGCACAGAUCAGACUCUUCAAUCUAUUCAUCCACUGCGUGAUCUUCUCUGGAGGUCUGACGUAUGGCUUUGGGUUUGCCGGGUUCACAACCAGUAUCGGACAGCCUUCCUUUUACAAGUAUUUCAAACUCGAUCGCCACCUGCAUAGUAUCCUGGGAGCUGUCAAUGCCCUGUUUUAUGCAGGAUGUGCGUUUGGCUCGAUUGUGCAAGCAUACCUGGCCGAUUGGGUGGGUAGGAAAAGAGCCCUCAUGAUUGCAGCAAUCGCGGCUUGCAUCGGGGCAGCCCUUGGUGCUGGCUCGGUCAACGUUCCGAUGCUCGUGACCUGUCGUUUGAUCCACGGCUUUGGACUGGGCAUGGACAUCCCUCUGAUCCCUCUCUUCCUCACCGAACUCGCCUCAGCCAGGCAUCGGGGCUUCCUCUCGGGCCUCACCACGUUGAGUUUUGCCACCGGCUAUGUCAUCUGUGGGUGGAUCGCGGUCGGUACCUACUUUGCCACGAAUGAGACCUUCCAAUGGAGGUUUCCGCUCGCCAUUGCUUGCCUCCCACCAUUGAUCAUGGUGGCGACUAUACCAUUCUUGCCUGAGAGCCCAAGAUACUUGGCCUGGGUUGGGAAACACGAUGAAGCCUGGAAAGUCAUCUCCAAGAUCCAUUACGACCCUGAAGAUGUGGGAGAUGCUUCAGCCGCUCGAGCAGAGUACACCCAGAUCGUCCGCCAGGUAGAAUACGACAAGGAAUCUAGCACAUCAAUGCUACAGAUUUUCAAAAGGCCCACGUGGAGACGCAGAGCCUUCCUCGCAAUGUUCAUCUUAUUUGCCUCGCAGUCGACGGGGGUUUUUGGCAUUGCGAACUAUCUGCCUAUCAUCGUGGGAUCCAUGGGAGAAACCGGAGUAAUGCCCUUGGUCUUGUACGGGGUAUAUACCACCACCGGGACCUUGAUGGUCCUUGUAGUGAUUUCUGUUCUUGAUCGAGUCGGUCGCCGCACCAUGUUCUUGAUCGGUUUCCCGGGAAUGGCCUUGUGUCUUCUCGCCGAGGCCGUACUACAGUGGAAAUACCUGGGCACUACUAGCAGUGGUGGGAAUGCCGCCUGCAUCCUGUUCAUUUUCGUAUACAUUGUCUUUUACCAGGGUGUCGAUGCGCCCUCUUUUGUCUGGGCUGCCGAGAUAUUUCCCACCACUAUACGAGCCAAGGGGAUCGCUCUGGCGUUUUUCAGCUACUUUCUGGGUGCCAUCACGUAUACCACACCUGCUCCAACCGCACUGCGCAACAUUGGAUACCGCUUGUACUUCAUCUACAUGGCACUCUGUAUCAUCUCCACCGUCAUCGUGUAUUUCUUCGUCAUGGAAACAAAGGGCAAACCGGUCGAAGAGUUGGGGGCACUAUUUGGCGACAAAGUCGUGGUUCACCUCACCAGUGAUGGCCAUGGCAUUGUCGAGGAGAAAUUGAUGGCCGAGGUGAAGGAAGACAAAGUCGAGGAGGUGAAGAUUGACGUGACUACCGUGAUCUAG